AUAGUGAAUGCAGGGUCCGGGGAGACCAGAUAUAGUGAAUGCAGGGGUCCGGGGAGACCAGAUAUAGUGAAUACAGGGUCCGGGGAGACUGGAUAUAGUGAAUGCAGGGUCCGGGGAGACCAGAUAUAGUGAAUGCAGGGUCCGGGGGACCAGAUAUAGUGAAUGCAGGGUCCGGGGAGACCAGAUAUAGUGAAUGCAGGGUCCGGGGAGACCAGAUAUAGUGAAUGCAGGGUCCGGGGAGACCAGAUAUAGUGAAUGCAGGGUCUGGAGAGACCAGAUAUAGUGAAUGCAGGGUCCGGGGAGACCA